CGUAAUUUUAGUCUAACGAAAACACGAUUAGUAACAAUCUGGUCGAAAAUUCGUAUUUAGUUUCCAGAUUAUCCCAGACACCAUCAAAUUAUCAUAAUUAGUUGAGAGUUAUGAUUAUUAAACAGUGGGAUCAAUAAUUGUUGACAAUUCAUUGAUUAUCAGUGAAGUGUAGCCCAGUCUACUGAGGCCUUCACAUAAACAUAACCUACCACCUAUUGUCAGUUCAACGAUACAGAUGGCCUCGGCAGCAAUAUCCCCCACAGAGGAUGACGACCUCACCCUACCACGUGCCUCUCUCAACAAAAUGAUCAAAGAGAUCCUUCCCCACGUUCGAGUAGCCCACGAAUCUCGUGAGUUGAUUCUCAACUGCUGCACCGAGUUCAUCCACUUGAUUUCAUCUGAAGCAAACGAAAUAUGCAAUCAGCAGCAGAAAAAAACAAUAAAUGCUGAGCACGUGCUGCAGGCACUGGAGAAAUUGGGAUUUGGGGAUUACAGUGCUGAAGCCGAAAUUGUCCUGAGGGAUUGUAAAGCAGUGGCUGCCAAAAGACGACGACAGAGUACUCGUUUGGAGAAUCUUGGGAUACCUGAAGAGGAAUUAUUGAGACAACAGCAGGAGUUGUUUGCUAAAGCGAGGGAAGAACAGGCUGUGGCUGAACAACAGCAGUGGCAGCAGCUGCAAGCUGUUGCUCAAAUGGCUUCGAUGCAGCAGGCUGACAGUGAACAGGAAGAUUAUUCAUAGAACUGAGAAAAUUUCUCCAUUUUUUGAAGGCCUCCAGGCAUCUACGUGAUAAUUGCGAUUAGUAAUUCGUCAUUACUGAGUUUUUUUUUAUGCAAAAAAGUUUCACUGGCAAUGAUAAAUUACAUUGGAAAUAAUCCAAAAACAAAUGGCAAGAGAUUUUUCAUAGAUGAAUGAAUUUAUUAAAAAUAUCCCUGACAUUUUCUACAGAAUUCAAUUGAUAUUCAUUCCCAUUUAUUAUAAAUUCUAUUGAUCAUUUUGUUAAUAAUGAGCGAUGUUUGUAUUAAAUGUCAAGGAAUUUUUCGAAUAUCGAUAUUCAUAAUGUGAAGUAAUCAUUUCAUUUCAGCAUUCAAUCAUGAUAAACACUAAUUUCCAUUCUUCAAUUAAUUUCUGUCUUAGUAAUG